UAAUUUGUAGGCGCCGCGGCUACCCACGUAUCUUAGAAAAUUGAUAACUUGGAACAUAUUUUUAAAAAAUUUAAUUUGAUUUUGAAUUUUAAAAUGUUUUAAAUUUAUAUUUAACAUUGUUAAUUGCACCAUGUAUAUAUUAUAUAUUUGUUUGAGUAAUUGUUAGUAAUAGUUUGUUUGAUUAACAAAAAAUUCAUCUAUUUUUUCUAAACUUAAUCCAUCAAGAUGACUACCAAGUCAUUCAGAGUCAUCAAGUUAGGUUUAUUGGAUUGCAAUAAACUGCCCGAAUUAGUGAAAGAAAUCUUAAAUACUUCAAAUGAUUCAUUGAAAGAUCUAAAUGAAAAUGAUUCAAAACAAAUAUGGACGAUACUAAAUAACUUUCUUCAAGAAACAUCAGUUUUAGAUGAAACAUUUAAUGACAAUGAUAUGGUAAAUUGUUACCAUUUUAUUUUAAACCUUACUCAACAUGUCAUCAACAAUUCGGAAGACGCAGUCGAUAUUUAUGAAAAUAAAGACUUCCUAAAGACCAUAUUCAUAUUUCAAAAUUUAUACUCAAAAAAUUAUAAAUAUAAGUUUAAACUGGAAAUAGUAAAAAUGUGCUUAAGUUUCUGGAAAUUGGCCACAUCUUAUACUCAAAAUGACACAAAUACAACAAAAUGCAAUGAUGUAUUAGAUUUUGAAACAAUUAUGACAAAAUAUUGUACUCCUACGCUGUGUUAUUUAUUUGAAACUAUUAUGAAAACAACAAAGAAAAAUGACUUGAAAACAAUGUCAACAUUGCUGUAUGAAUUCUGUAAAGGUGUAUCAGCGUUAUCUUUUAAUAAAGAAAUUUUAAGUUUAAUUGUUAUAAAUCUUGAAAAAUUGUUGAAAAAUUCACUAUUUUUGGAAACUGAAACUGGGAAAUUGAUUAUUGGUGAUAUAUUUACAAUAAAUUCACAACUAUUUCAGAAGUAUCAUCAAACUAUUAAAAGAAAUUUACCUCAAGCAAAAAAGUUAGAAGCAGAAGCUUAUGGAGAAAUAUAUUUUAUGGCAUGGAUUAACUCGAAUUCAUCAAUGAAAGAUAUCAUUGAACAACAAGGAAUAUUUGAUUUGAUAUCUAAAACAAUUACAUUAAAACGAGUUGGAAAAUCAUUCCGUACAUACCAUAAUGCUUUAUUAUUGUUACAAAGCAUGCAAAGUCAUAGGAAGCAUUUAUUAUUUAGCAAAGUCGUUACAAAAUUAUAUGCGCCUAUACUUUGGAGUCAUUUGAGGAGUGAGUUUAAUGUGGUUAGAUGUAAUGCUAUAGAAAUAUUAGCCAGAGCUUAUCCGCUAGAAAAAAGAGGUGAAGGCCGCGAGAAUUCAUCGAGAUAUUUAAUUAAACAACAAGAUGCAUUUUUCGAGGCAUUAGAAGAUCCUUGUCCUCAAGUUCGAAUUGCAGCCAUAAAAGGAAUAUGUAGUUGUCUACGAUAUUUUUGGGAUACCUUUGAAGAUGAUAGACUAAAUAAAUGCUUUAGCUUGUUUGCCCGAUUAAUCGAAGAAAGUGUUUAUGAAGUACGACAAGUCAUGUUUUAUGGAUUCUGUCAGAUAUUAGAAGAGAGUAAAUGUUACGACUAUUUCAAAACACCUACAUUUAUGGCUAAACUAAAGAAAGUGCUAUAUGACAUAAAUGAGAAAGUUAGACGCGCUUUUAUAUAUUUCUUAUUGAAGAUAAAAAAAAUUGAUUCUAUUCCUGAAAAUAAAAACAAAAUAAACUUUGCUCAUAUUGUCAAUUUAAACGAUAUUGCUAAGGCACUUGCAUGUGAAGAUAGGCAAAAUGGAAUUUUAUUAGUUGAUUUAAUUUUUGACAAUUUUAUUGGGGAUAAAGUCCCUGAUCGUAAUGCGACACUUACUCGAAUUACCACUUUUUACAAAAUCAAUCCGAACGCUUGUCGAAAACUUAUGAUUUAUUCUAAGAAAAAACUCGAAUUUAGUAGUGCGUGCAAACUUAUUUUGUCAUUACUUAAAACUGUGUACGUGGCGCUUAAGAAAAAAGAAGAACAAUUAAAAGAUAUAGACAAGGAAAAUAAUCUCCCGGCAAAGAAACGAAAAACAAAUAAUGAAUCUGGUGACAGUAGUGCAAAUGAUUCGCAUAAUUCUUCAUCUAGCUCUUCGACGAGUAAUUCUUCAGAAUUUGAACAAGUCGAACAAAUCAAAGUAUGUUGCAUAUUGGAUUGUGUAAGCUGUUUGAUGAUGCUGCAUCGUAAUACUUUUAUGGAAGAAACCAAUCAUAAACAAAUGAAUGAAAUCCAAGAUGCCUGUACAUCGUGUUUAAUUAAAGUCUUGAAAACGUAUAAGGAUGGUGAUGCAUAUUAUAGUGCAGUUCAUUUAUCCAGUUUAGUACCAGUUUCCAAAUUAGCUGCUCAUGUAUCUGUGGCAAGCGCUGCAUUAUCUACAUUAAAACAAUUACCUAACGACAUGAACAACAGUGAAGAAGAGAUUGACAUGCGUAAAGUCAAUUGUCUAGUGCAUACAUUGUGUAUGUGGAAGCGAGGUUAUGAAAUAUUGCAGUUUGUUACUAUUUGGUUUGAUGAAGCAUUUAAGAUGUUGGAUCUCAAUGAAACACAAUACCCAGAACCAAAACCAAAAGAAAGUAGAAGGGUGAGAUUUAAAAUGGAUAUUGAAGAAUGUAAGCCAAAGACUGGUUUACUUUUAAUAAAUUCAAUGCUGAACAAUUUACAAACUCAAAAAUUGCUCAUUGAUUCAGAUGUCAAUAAAAAAAAUACUUAUGAUCUUUUUCUAUAUUUGCAACGAUCCAAGUUGGCCAUUGAAAAAAGAAUAGUGUCAAACAAAAAACUGGAUAAUCAUUUGUUAACUGAUGAAUUAUUAAUUGAGUUAUUUCAAUUGCAUUUACGUUUGCACGUAAUCUAUCAAAACAAUGAAAAAAAUAUUAAUGAAAUUCUUCAAUAUCAAACUUCAAUACAUAAUUGGGUUAUGGAAAAUUUACUUGUUCACAAUUUUUAUGAGAGGAAUGAAAGCACUAUAACAUUUACAGUUAAAGUAAUCGAAAUUGUCAACUAUGCUGUAUUGAACUUGUGUUUAAUAGCUAUAGUAAAUAAUGAAUUUUUAGAUCAUUAUUUUACAUUUUGUGCUACUAUUUUAAACGGUUAUUUGGCACCACACAUUUUAAUAUCGACAAUGGGAGCAUUAAUAAGUAUUUCAAAACAUUUUAACUAUUUGAAAUGUAUUGACACUUCAUUUGUAAAAACUCAAAGUUUUAUUAAUUGCAUAUGCAGUGUUAUAUCAGCUUUGGGCGAAUCUAAGUAUACAGAAGAACGUUUUACUAGCAUUAUAGGAAGUCCAACUCAUUUCCGCCACGAAUUAAACAUUUUAAUGUUGAGUAUUCAUAGAACAAGUACUGUUGAUUUUAAGCGAAUAUUUACUUUGCUCAUUGAAACAAUAAUCCAAAUAAUCGCCAUUCAAAUUCGAGAAAUCGAUCAAUUGGACUUAAAUGAAAGAUUAACUGAAUUACCAUUUGCCGCCUAUCAAUUAGCUAUAAUUAUUCUAAACAAUACAAUGUUGAGGAAAUAUUUUUCAUUAAAUGCUGUUGAUAUUUUUUCAUCUAAUAUCUACAAGACAGAUUGUGUUUUAUUAUUAUCUGCAAUUUCAUUCAUUUACACUUUGUCAUUUCAAUUAAAUCAAGUAAAAAGUGUUGAUCUUGAGCCGGUUGUACAAUUACUUUACAAAACAUUGACAGAACACAAUAUAACAACGCCGCUGGGUGUUGAUUGCACUGUUGGUAACAAAAAAACAAAUCAAGGGAUUUCUUUUCUAGAAACAUCGGACUUCAGUAAUGAAAUAAUGGACUUCAAACAAAAAGGACGUGAAGUCUUAAUUGCUACAGCAAAACAACUACGUAUCACCCUAUGUUAGAUAUAAAUUAACAUUUUCAUUCUAAGAUUGAUUAUUGUUUACUGUUCUUGUGACUUUAAUACUGCCGACUUCUUCCUUUUAUAAAUAAAUUAUAAAUGAUUUACAUUUCAUGAUCAUUUGUAUGUAUUAAUAUUUAAGAUUGCCUUACUGUUUUGAGUAUAAAGAAGAUCAGGCAAAGGUUUAAGUAAAAAAAACA